GUUUUUUAUUCAAAAAAAUUAAAACAUUGUCUGCGUUUCACCACUGCCACCAUUGUUGUGUUGUUAUCGUGAAUUAAAGGAAUUAGAUUUUAGGGUUUACUCCACAUUCCGAUUUCAAUUCAACAAUGUGGAAAACAUUAUUCCGUCCACACGUGCGUUCAUUCGCCACACGUGCAUCACACUCCCACCACAACAACCACCGCGAAAACCACAAGUUCCUCUCCCCUCACACCUUCGUCGGAAGCUGGCAAACUCCGAAGGACCCUAAGGAAGCCGAAGCAAAACUAGCUCAGCUUCGGAGAGAGUACGCGAAGCAAGUGAAAGAGGUUCGGAAGGAAUACAUGAGAGAAAUGGAGGAUAUGAGAUUGGAGAAGCAACGGAAGGAUGAGGCUCGGAGAGAAUCGCUUAGAGUCGCUAAUGAAGAGAGGAAGAAAGUUAAGGCUCAGGCUGCUGAACUUAGAGCUCAAGAACGGAAUAUUGCUCAACAACAGUUUCGUGAAACCCUAUUAAAAGAAAGAGCAGAGAAACUUGAAAAUUGGAGAAUGAAAAUCAAAAAGCAUGAAGAGAAGAAGGCUGGGAAGAAAGAUUUAUUGCAUAAACGAAGUUCGAUGUGGGUUGAUGAAGCUGAGCUUGAGAAGGAAAUAACCAAUGUUGUAAUUGCUACAACAUUUCUUUGAGCUCCUUGCAGUUGCAUAUCUUAUCUACUGGUUAGUAGAAUCUAGUCCUAUGUUCAAAGAAGUCUCAGAAAUAAUUCAGUGUCAUAUACUCUUUUUGCUCCUUUUUAAAGUGUCGCUUUUUUUUAGAAAUUCUUUUUUACCUUUUAUUUGUUGUUUUCAAAGUUUAAAGUUGUAUUAACUAUUGUUUUAUCAAAUUUAUAUCUAACUAUUUAUUGUUGAGAGAGAAAUAAAUGGAUUGAGAUAAUAAAUAA